UUGACUGUCGUCCGAUGGUGAGCGUAUUCGUCUGUCGGGUCAAACACAAACAACGUGUCUUCUGCCAAUGACGGAUGUGAACUGCAGACGGUCACGAUGAGUGUGUUUAAGAAUAUCAAAGGCACUAUUCAGAGUGUUCAACAGGACAUUUCAACCAGCAUCAAGUCUUUAACGACCUCCACCAAAGAAAAAGAUGUUGCAGUGAGAACGGCCAAAAGUCAUGGUGUUAACUUGGAUGCAGGGGCUGACUUGCUUCACAGGUAUCAAGAGAACUGGAAGGAGCUGAACAAACAGGCAGAGGAGAAUGCAUCUAAGGCUGAGGAUCUGGCAAUUUUGAUUGGCUCCUUGUAUGUAAGGUAUAGUGGCCAAUCAGAAAGUCUGACACAGUUGAAGGAGGAAACCAGCACUUUACCUACAGUUCUCCAACAGCUUCAAGAUUUGACAAAUCAAAUUGCUAAGGUGGAGGAACUAUGCGAGCAGGUGGAAGCAGCAGAGAUUCACCUGGAGAACAUCUGUGAGGUGCAGGAGUUUAAGAGAGCCCAGGCUACUCAUCACCAACAGCUGGCAGCAUAUAAAGAGAUGAAACAAAGGGAUGUGGAGAAAUUCAAAGUUUCGCUUGCACAGCAGCAUGCCAAGAAUAUAAAAUCUCGAGACAUGAAGAGACAGACACAGCUGAAAGAGCGCCAGUCGAUAUUCCAGGAAGCGUUUGAUAAGGACAUCAACUACUACCGAACAUUUGGUCAUACCGAAAGACAGCCCAGUGUGGAAAAUGAGGUUGCCGAGAGGAAGUUAGCUGAGAUAAAGAUAGAAGAAGAUGCGAGUGCCUUGGAUAGUUUUCUGGAGUCUACAGAUGUGACUCCAUCUAGCGACAGGCCACCAGUGUUUACAGAGGAUGAAAUGCCAGAGGAGGAAUGUGACUCUGGGGUUAUCAAUGAUAGCAUUGAAGGCCUGGAAUCUGCCACUUCUGGCCUUCAAGACACUGACAACAGCACCUGUAUGGCUGAUGUCACUAGACAAGAACUGUCUGGAGAGAGUCAUGUGGAGAAGGCAGACAGCUACAUGCUGGGUGCCGCAGAAGCCGGAGAAAGCUGUGAUAAAGAUUCCGUGGGGGAUGAGAGGAUAGUGGAGAGGGAAGAUGAUGUUACUAGUAAUGAUAACGUUAAGACAUUACCAAAUGGACUGGAUGUAUCAGAUGAAAUGGCGUCAGCUGACACAAAGUCCACGACUCUUGCCGAUGAACUGUCCGCUGCUGACACUGUUUCCAGUACCGAGGAUGAGUCAUCAAUUGGUGCUAAGAUUUCAUCUGAAAAUGCUGAUUCUUAGAUCAGUGGGGUUAUGUCAAAGUAUAUAUGCUGAUCGUUGGGAGAAUUUUGUUUUGUUCAAGAAUCAGUGUUGUAAAAUGAUGUUUCAGAGUAUUAUCGGUUAUAAAAAAAGUGACUGUUAAGUUGAAGAUAUGAUGGGAGUUGCAGGAUGUAAACAUGAAAACAUGAUAACUUAUGCAAUACCAAUUUUUAUAUAGAAGUGUUUGCAUAGAGCCUUUUUGUCAUGUGUAUAUUUAUGCAGUAAUGAUGGAAUAUACAGUAAUCUGCAGGUAUUAAUCUCAUCUCACAGUUGAUUCACGUCAUAAAUCAACUUGAAACAUUUCCCCAUACAUCGAGCCCCACAAUUUUUCCAAGCAUGACCUUCAGGAAAUUAACUGGAGUUAGUUUCUGUAGCAGAAAUGUAGAACCAGUUGUGGAUCAAAUGCUGUCUGUAUAAGGAGGGGGUCAAUUUAUUUUUCCAAGCAUGACCUGCAGAAAAUUAACUGAAGUUAGCUUCUGUGGCAGAAAUGUAGAACCAGUUGUGGAUCAAAUGCUGUCUGUAUAAGGAGGGGGUCAAUUUAUUUUUCCAAGCAUGACCUUCAGAAAAUUAACUGAAGUUAGCUUCUGUGCUAGAAAUGUAGAACCAGUUGUGGAUCAAAUGCUGUUUGUAUAAUAAGGGGGCCAGGGUAUGAAAAGUUUCGGAUGUGCCAUAUAAUACACCAUUUUCAUACACCAUGUUAACAUGUCUUUGCUUGUUUAUAUGACAACCAAUCUGCCGACUCUAAUAGUUGAUUUGUGUGCAGCUAAGCAUUCGCAACUCGUCACUCGUAUUUGGUGGCACUAGACAUCUGACAUGAAAGCAAUUUGUGUUUGUUCUAAGCUAUUUUUGAAUUAUUAUAAUGGUAUAGGAAACACCGUACGACCCUGUAUUAAUGACUGGUACUCCUUGAAUGUGUGGAUAUUUUGUAAACUGGACUUAAGGUGAGUAAGAUAUAAAGUAAGUUUAUAUAGAUUUAUACAUAUUUUUGAUUUAGUGUUCUGUGAAGGAAACUUACUCGAUUGCUGUAAGACAGGUUGUUGACCAAUGCUAGAAUAGCACCUUGCAUAUGAUGUACCUGAGACUGAUAUACAGUGUGUAUGAUAGUCCCAGGAUGUACAGAGGAAAAUCACUUUAGUGCAGUGAGACAGGGUGUUGACAAAUACCGGGACAGCACCUAGUGUGUGAUGCAAGCCUGCAGAAGAAAAGGACUCAAAUGCAGUGAGACAGUGUGUUGACUAAUACCGGGACAGCACCUAGUGUGUGAUGUAAGCCUGCAGAAGAAAAGGACUCAAAUGCAGUGAGACAGUGUGUUGACUAAUACCGGGACAGCACCUAGUGUGUGAUGUAAGCCUACAGAAGAAAAGGACUCAAAUGCAGUGAGACAGUAUGUUGACUAAUACCGGGACAGCACCUAGUGUGUGAUGUAAGCCUACAGAAGAAAAGGACUCAAAUGCAGUGAGACAGUGUGUUGACUAAUACCGGGACAGCACCUGGUGUGUGAUGUAAGCCUACAGAAGAAAAGGACUCAAAUGCAGUGAGACAGUGUGUUGACUAAUACCGGGACAGCACCUGGUGUGUGAUGUAAGCCUGCAGAAGAAAAGGACUCAAAUGCAGUGAUUUGUGCAAGCAGAGUGUGUUGACUAAUACCGGGACAGCACCU